GCAACCACGAGAAAUGAAGCUGUCAUUAACGUUGUGGAUUCUGAAGACUUCUUUCAGCUGUUCGUCAGUAGGUUAGGUACUAUGGAGCCUUCCAUAAGAUUAAGGACACCGAAUAACGAAACACACACACUCUUGGAGGCUAAUAACAGUAUUUUCAAACUACUUACUUCAGUUAGAUUUUUCAUGUCGAACGAACCGCAGGUUCAGUUUGGACUGAAGGCAGGAGUGAACAGGACUUUGUUUUUUGAGUCUAUGGGCGCCGUCAGGCCCUCGGCCAUCUUAAUGGAGAACAUGAGGACGACUAGAAACUGCCUUCAAGGUCUUCCAUACUCUCUUUUGAACGGAAGUUCCCCUCGGUAUAACCCAGUACUCCAUGAUGGUGAAUCUCGAUUUGCGAUCAUUACUAAGAAGCAGAAAAAAAUCACAUUAGUCCUAAAACAGCAGGGAAACAGGUCUGAAUUCUGCAUUUGCUGGAACAAAACAGACAACAGCGUCUAUCUGUCAAACACCCCGUGUGUCUCCUGCCCACUUUUGCCGACAUGUGUGCCUCAUUUUCUCAGUCUCGUCUACGAGAAAGAUCAAAUCUCUAAGACACUGCAGAUCAACGGAACGGACAUUGCAAUAAAAAACGCAUCGCGGCAUCUGACAUUCAAAACGGAGAAGGACGAAGGAGAUGUUUACGUAGUACAUGACCUCAGGGAGUUUGACGCGACUUCUGGCAGACAGCCCCGGCCAAAGGGGGACUAUGAUUUUGAAGGACCGAGUUCAGGUUACAAUGAAGUCGUUCCAUUAUUAAUCGGUAUCGCUGUGAUUGUCAGCCUUACCAUAAAACUAAUCAUCUGCUUCAAGAGACGGCCUUGCAGAAACGAAGCUCCCAGCCACGCCUAGAAACAAGUUGAUAUUUGUGAACUAGGACGAAGUCGUUCCACGAGUGACGUCCAACGUAAUGAACAGUGCGAAGACGGCGACUCUGAGAUCUACUAUGAGGAAAUCCGAACAUCCUACGUCCCUGAAUUGCAGGGCCUCUCCGGAAGACCAAUUGGGCUACAGGAGGACCAUGACUAUUCGGAGAUUCACACAAUCCCGUACGAAUGGGAGGAUUCACACAGAAGCAACGGCGUCAUCAGCUUCAAAACCAUCAACGACAUUUACGAACCGUUGGAAACGUUUCGUUGAAACUCAACGGUUUAGAAGGUUGUAUGUAUAUUAUUAUAUAUUGCUACUUUCAAAAUGCAUAUAUCCCCUUUUUGACUGUAUAAAAUGUUAUGUAUAGAUUGUGCAACAUUUUUCAGAUUCCUAGCUAGCUUAGAGAUAGGAUGUUUUAAAUGUGUGUUCAGAUUAUAUAUAUAAAAAGAAUAUAUAACAUAGAAUGUAGAAAGAGAGAGAUUUUCUUUGUCCGUUCAAAGCUAGAGUUGUUUUUCCUAAUCUGUCAACACAUUUGAUUAGAGACCUCGAGUCUUCAUUGUGUUUUGGGAUUCUGUCAUCACGUAUGAUAAGGGACUUCUGCUUCGAUCGAUGGAGUCAAGUACGUGUCUUUUUUUGAACAGACUGGUCUCGUACGCGUAUGUCUUUGCCAAGUGCCACUUGCACAUUUCACAUUUUGUUUAUAAAGUUGCGUAAGAUUUCGAAGCUUCUAGAAAGAAGUAUUGCCCAAAACGUUUUGUGUCAUGUCCCCUGUCCAUCUUCCGUAUGGGAGAAGUUUUUCAUUACAUCUUAGAUACUCAAGGCAUUCAGAUCUCUCUCUCUCUCUCUCUCUCUCUCUCUCUCUCUCUCUCUCAUAGCACUCUCUCCAUCACAUAGCACUUUUGAUUUCAAAGUAACGUAACAAUUUCGUACUUAUUGAAUGGUCACUCGUAACUUGUAAAUUUAUGAUUUGGUGUUUCUUAGAGUUUAUUUAGUGUUACUUAGUGUUUUUUGUGGAAUCUGAACAAACAUUGUUGUGUAACAGCGCCUGGUUUUGUGAAAGUGUGAAACAAGCUGCAGCAAAAGAAAGAAAGAAAUUGGUAUACCAAAAAGGUAAAGUGUGUUAUAUUUUUAUUAGUUGCAACUAAUAACUAAUAGUCAGUGGUUAGGUAAAAACUAAUAACUUAUGGUUACUAAGGUUUGGUAAAAACUAAUAACUAAUAGGAACAGUGGUCAGGUAAAAACUAAUAACUGAUGGUUACAGUGGUUUGAGAGAAACUAUUUACGUUUUUACACAUUGCAAAUUUUUGUGUUUGUUUCAUUUGAAGUGAUUUUUAUGUUUUGUGCGUUUAUUCAUUUUCUUAUUGAAGUGUUUAUUUUUGUGCAUUUGUCCAUUUUCUUGUUGAAGUGUGUUUUUAUUUUAUGUUCUGUGUGAUUAAUACUCUUUGCAAUUUUUUUAUAUUUUCCACAUUUUUCUGUAUUUUCAUUUGCAUUCACAAUUUAAUUAACUUAGAUAUUUUCAUUGCUUAAUCAUUGCACAUUUAAUUAAAUUUAACACUUGUGAAUUAAUUUGCAUUUACUUAGUAUUCUUUUCAAGUUUUACUGUUGUUUAGCACUUGUGAAUUAAUUUCCAAUGUUCAAUUAUUGCCUAACACUUUUGAAUUUUGAUUGAAUUUUUUCUUGAAUUUUGUGAUAAAUUAAUUUUGAUUUAAUUUGACUUAAUUUGAUUCAAGAAUUAAUUAAACUUUACUUUGUUUUCAAGUAACAGUAA